GGAAAUGAGAAUUUUGCAACUAUAAAAGAAGGGUGGAAGUAUUUUAUACUUUGUACAUAUGAUGAUGGAUCACAAAUUGAGGAGUGGGGAGUUAGAGGUAGUGGGAAGCUAUGAAAGGAAUGAUCACUUUGGCUGAUCUUAUAAGCAUGCCUAUGCGCAGGCCCAGCAGUAUCUUCUUCUUCUUCAACUCAUCAAGGAUUUGAUUCAUGGGGUUGCCUGAAGCAACUGCAAGCCCACCACACCUCUAUCCUCAGACAAUUCAGCUCAUAAAACUCUAUCAGGCUUUCAUAUUCUCAAUCCCAAUUCUCUUCUCUAUCAUAGUGUUCCUUUUGCUUUACUUGUUCUACCUUAAGAGGAGGAUUUCCAUUGCCUCAACACUUCCCACAACUUUUGCUAAUCAGACUCCCAUGAAUGAAGGAGGCUUUGAUGGGAUAGUCCAAAGUUUCAAACUCCCUAUAAUAGCAUUUGGUGAAGAUUCCACAAUGGAAGAAUCACAGUGCUGUUGCAUUUGUUUGGGAGAGUACGAGAUGGAGGAUGAAUUGCAGCAGCUCCCACCCUGCAAACACAUAUUUCACUCUCAUUGUAUAUCCCAUUGGCUCAGUUCCAACUCUACUUGCCCUAUCUGCAGAUGCUCCGUCUUUACCGGCUCCGGCAAGCUCCCGUCGCCAACAUCUUCUGUACCGGUCCAUUAGUUCCACACUUCCACUGCCGGGACGCAGCAGUUUCAUUUUAAACCCUAACAUCCACAAUGAAUAAUUGUCCAUAAUAUAUAUCUCAUUUGAUUUUGACAUUUUUAGGGACUUAGGCCAUACUUGGAUGUCAUGACUUCUGGAGUUACUCUUGACCAACCAGUUCAAACCAGGAUCCAUUUAUUUACUAUGUAAAUGAAAUAAAAUGAACUUAUGAAGAAAACUUUUAAAAAAUGUACUCUAAAUUAGUCAAAUCUGGCAUUCUGGCCUCUAAUGGAAAUUGAAAAGCCACCCAACUCACUCAGACACAUACACAAGUAAAAAAUUAAGAGUACCAACUACCAAUGCCAAACAUAUAGAAACUCCAGAAACGACAAAUGGGCAUAAAUCAAAGAACCAACACCAAACUUGGGGUUUCUCCUGUUAAGCCUCUUGCCUUCCUUCUCUGUCUUUCUCCCCUCCUUUGACUUGUAGUACACACUCAUGAAGGUGCCAAGAACCAACACCAAACUCCAAUAAUCUAUGGCUAAUUAAUCAAUUAACAUCAGGGGUCUCCACUUUUCUCCUGUUCAGCCUCUUGCACUUCCUUCUCUGUCUUUCUUCCCUUCUUUGACUUGUAGUACACACUCAUGAAGGUGCCUAUGGCUUUGUACUUGCGCCUGCAGUGCUCAUAGAGCCCAGCAUCAAACAUCCUCCAGAAGCUCUUCUCCGACAACUCAGACACUGCAUAUUGUGGUUGGAACCCGUGGUUUUCAAUCAACCAAUUCUCCAAGCGCUGCACUGCCAAUGAACCAUCAAAGACUUCACGUCAUCACCCCUAAGGACAGGGCCAGGUGUGUAGUACACUCCAAUAUCAGUGUACAUUUGGGCAUAGCUCGUGUCGCCCUGCCUUUUGUGCAGCUCAAAUCCCGGUUCCCGAUAUAUCAUGGUUUUCAACGGGAGCCUGUAAGGUCUGUGUGGGCAAAGCCAGAUGGGGUACACCUGUUUAUAAUUAGAGAGUCAUACAAUGAAAUGAUGAUAUAUCAUGGUUUUCAACGGGAGCCUGUCAGUUUGGUAGAAGAAUUUUCCAUCUUAUCAGCCGGAUUUAAAGAAAACGCAUACUUAUUGAUAAUUUUUUUUUUACCGAAAAUAGAAAUUUAUGGGCAAAAAGUAAGAUGCAUAGUUUGUAGCAAAAAUACUACCUUGGUAACUACUCUGCAAACAUCAGUUGCACCUAUUAAAAAUAACACUUUCAUCCAUUGCUCUUUUAUUUUAAUCACACAUUUGACAUUAUUUCACUUACUGAAUCAUGUGGGCUGACAACUGAAGAAAAACAGUAUAUUCAUAGUUUGGGGCUAACGUGUCUUAAACAGAAGAAGGGCAUAAAAAUACACUCAUUUUCGGUGUUGCUUUCUUUAAUUGAUUGAAUAUAUGUAUAAUGUAUUUCAUAUAUCUUAAAUAUAAUUCCAAUCAUUUAAUCAUUUCACCCACAAUUUUUAAAACUGUUCUCAUAAAUUAAGGAAAGAAUGAGUAAAAAGAGGUACCUCCAUCUCUCGGUGAACCCACUCGAGAGCAUCUCCAACCUUGUGGAGAGGAACAAGCAGAUCCUGAAUGACAUGAUUGUCAUGGUAAUAGUUCCUAAUGGCCUCACCUUGAGUAGCCUUAAGUAGAGAUACUUUAGGCGGCAUCAACCACCCGAUCGAGCAGAAACCUAAAUCACCACUGGUCAGCAAAUGGGAGGAUAAGUUUGCCUUCCCAAUACAAGCACCUUAUGUGCCUAUGGUAGUAUUCCCUCGUCGGUAUGUACUCCACAAACUCUCCUUUCUUAAGUGCCGUUUGGGCGUGUUGAUAAAACCAUGUCUUGAACCACCGCCCGACAUCGUUGAUCUUAGUCGCCUCUUCUUUAGACGCAUAUCUACCUGUCAUGCAAACAGCUUCUGUAGGAGUAUAGAUCCAUGGUUUCCACAAAGUCAGGAACCUUAUCCGAGUUGUCUUGGUCUCCAUCUCUGGGUGCAAAUGAGUCUAUGUAAGCCUGUGCGAUUUCUCUAAGAUUACCAACCACAGGUGUGUAAGUCACUUUCAUGUAUUCCUUAAUCGGUAUUAGCUUAAUCUCCGCCGAAACAAGAUGUCCAAGAGUACCCUGAGACCAAGGAAUCCCAUAGAAGAGGUCCGAAUACUCAUUGUCUUUGGUAGCCCGAACUACCUCUCCCUCUGCAAGAAUGAUCUCGUAUGCCACGACUGUGUCCGGAAACAAUCCGUACAAUGAUCCAUCUGAACUGCACUAGGAAGUCCACCCAGCCCUUCUUUCUUUUGGGACGAAGGGGAGCCUCAAGGUCUGACAUUGCUGUUGGUAAAUGAGGGAUGCCCUGCACAGCAGCAACAACAAACACCCGUGUGUGAGACGAAAUAAAAGAUUGAUUUCGUUGUGAAACUAAAAGUGUUGUUUGUUAACGCUUUUUAAAGCUUUAUGUUUACAGUGGGAAGUGGGAGCUGGCCAGAGAAUUGCAAAACUUUCACUGUCCCUCUUUUGUGCUGACCACUAAAUUUAUCCCCACACAAAGAAAGGUGUGAAAAUUGUACUUGCUACUUAUUCUAUAAAGUGAACAAUAAAUUUUCAUUUUCAAAAUCUAACAAAAAAACAGAUUUGUAAAUUUAUUUACUAUAUAUGGAGUAUAAUACUCCAUAUAAAAUUGAAAUAAAUAUGGAGUACGUUUUAACAAAACAAUAUAUACUCAUAUUUAAAAAAACACUGAAAAUCUGUUUGAGAGAAAAAGUCAUUUUGGAAUUUAUAAAUAAAUUAAAGAUAUACUACCUCCAUCUCACCUCGAUUUUUUCUACCCACUUUGAAUUGACACGUUUAUAAUAAAAUGAAAAUACAUGAUUGGAGUUGAUAUAGAAAAAUGAGAAAAAGAGGCAUUACAUAAAUGGGACAGGAAGAAAGUUAUAGGAAAUAUGGAAAAGGAAAGUGAGAAAAAAAAUGGGAAUGAGAGUAUAAAAAAGUCAUAAUAUUGAAAAAAUAUACUUCGUACCCAGUAACACAGAAAUAGUCAAAAAUCAAAAUACUCAUUGGAGAUGUGAACGAAAUCUGUACAGGGAUGUUUCAGGCACAUUUUCGAAAAUAAAUAAGUACUCCCUCCGUUCUUGAAUUUACUUCCGUAGUACAAAUGGCACACGGAUUAAGAAAGUGAGUUUUGUGUGGUGGAGAGUUGUGUAGAGGAGAGAGAAAUGUGUAAGAAUUGCUGUUAACCACAAAUUCUUUGACAAAAAGGGAAAGUGAAGUUCUUUUUGGGACGCACGAAAAUGGAAAGGUGGAAGUAUUUUCAGAGACGGAGAGAGUACUAAAGAAUAAAGAAAGCCACAAUACCAAACUACUCAUUAAAGCAGAUAAAGUAGGUGAACUCAAGCUUUCAUUGUGGCUGUUCAGCAGGUCCAACACUACAAUCACAUGGAUAAAUCAGGGAAAAACAUCACUUUCUUUUGUACACUUUUUGGUCACAACAUGGUUAGAUCCGGAGGAAAUGUGGUGGGUUAAGACUUAGGAGGAUGAAUGAUUGGGUAGCAGUACACCAUUUCAUAAACAUGCAGAAGCUAGAGAAGCUUAAACUCAGAUCUAAACCUCACAUGAAACCAAACAAUAGCUUAAAUAUUUAAUGCAGAUUAGCAGAUCUACAACCCACUUGGCAACACAUGUAAAAGGUAGAAACAAAUAAAUGUAAAAACAUAAAAAUAUACAGAACAAUUUAUAAAAAACCAUUGAUUUUUAAAAACACAGAAAGGAAAUGAAUUUCGUUACAAAAUGAAUCUUGACCAAAUAUUCAAUGAUUAAGAAAAAUCCAUGUUUGGUUCAACCCAUAAAUCUUUUUUAAAUAAAAUCCAAAGCAGAGAAGAAAACAUCAAACUUGAGGUCUUGAAGUGAAAAUUUUGAAAAUUGAGCAAAAUAUUAGUAACAAACCUUCAAUGCUCAAUUAAUUUCAGAUAUAGAAUAAAAGUACUAAGCAUUGCCAGGGAUUUGAUUGGAAAUGACCUUACUUUAGAGUAAGGAUAAGGAUGAAGGUCGCAAAAAUGAAACAAAAAUUAUGAAUAUAACUUAAUAUUUCUCAAAUAAACAACCAGAAUCAAUCGAAAAUUCGAAAUCGAACCAUCAAAAGGAAUGAAACAAGCUGAUAUGUGAACACGGGAUAAUGACAAAUAGACAAAGCAGUGAAGGUGGUUAAGCAAGACUAGCCAGAAGACAGAGCAUGAUAUCACAAAGCAAACAAGAUCUUCUCUAACACUUCAAUUUAUAUGAAGAAAGACUCAACCUUCAAAAAAGCAAAGAAAUUGGGACAAUAAACAUUUGGCAUAAAGAGUUUGGCACCACCACUUCAUAGAAAUGUGAAAUCUUAUACAAUAAACAUAUUUAGUACUACCUCUAUCCCACUGACAUUGAAACAUUGACACACUAUAAAAAAGGAUGACACCCCAUCCCUGAGGGCCCCCAACCCCGACCGGACGUUACGUUGGGAGGAUGUAAAUUGGACUAUAAUCCCAAAUUCCCAAUCUGACAGGUAGAGAGUGGGACUCUGUCCCCGGUACUUGCAGAGGCUCUAUGCAUUUUUAGCAUAGUAACCCUCAUUGCAGUUGAUGGGAUUCGAACCCGGGACCUAACCCUUGUAGCACUCUCUUGCUACCAUAUUGACACACUAUAAAAUAAGCAUAACCUAAGAAUCAUUUAGAACUUUUUAAAUGUUACUCCAUGCUAAAUUUGGUACGAGACAAUAAGUAGUGAAACAAAAGGUACAGAGAGCUCACUUAACUGAAAAAAGAAGAGAAACUAAGUAUGCUUCAAAAAGAUUAAGAAUGUGGUUUAAUUGAGAUGAAUUAAAGACUUACGGGUGCUGAAAAACGCUAUAUUGUGCAGAGGCUAAUACACUACGGGUCCACUAGUAUACCUCUUGGCUUAGCUAGAGAGUGGAAACGUCUAGCGCUGGUAGAAUAGAAAAAUGAAGAAAAGAGCUUUCAUUAGAGACAGAAGAAAGAAAGCUCGUAUGAGGGAGAAGAGAACUUGCAUUACCUUUGAAUCUCCGUAUUGAGAAAAGAUCAAAUGUUUGCCUUCUUCGCUAUCGCUGGAGCUAAUAGCCACAGGUUUUGUUCUGUUGGCCGGAUGGGGUUUACUUUACGGUUGCCGGGCGUAGAUUAUGGAUUUAAUUGGUCUGAAAUUUGGUCCUCUUUGUCUUAUUCUUAUCUGGGUUAAUUUAGGAGAAAUGGUGACAAAUAGGACCUUAAGUUUCAGUAUAUACCUAAAUAAGACCUUUGACAUUUUUAACUCCUAAAUAAGACCUAAUUUUAAGAUGUUUCCAAAAUUGACCCUAAGAUCUCAUCCCCUGGCAAGCAGUCCCUUUCUCUAAUCCUCCCUCUUGGUGACAAACUCAGCCAGAUACAAC